AUGAUUAUUGAUGAUUAUUCUAGUUUUUCAACUAUAUGUAAUCAAGCACUAUUUGGUGGCUUUAAACAAUCAGGUCAGGAAAAGGAAUUAUGUCGAUAUGGUCUCGAAGCAUACUAUCAAAGUGAUCCUGAUAAAGCAAUUGAAGCUGCUGAAAAAGGUUUCCAAUAUGAUUCACCAUGGCGUAAGUCUGAUCCUGCUGCACGUGCUCAGUUAAUUUGUAAACUUGCUGAUUUACUUCUACAUGUUGUGGGUUAUUUAGCAGUAAAAAUGUUCACUCUAUAUAUUAGUAUAUUGGUUGAAUUAACUCGUCUUGAAAGUACAAAACAUGGUAAUCUCAUAUCUUUACAAAUGCUUGAUAUUGCUGUUCCUGUUGAAUCUAUUUCUUCACUUGCUUGUAAUCAAAUGGCAAUUCUCCUUGAAAAUACUCAUGUUUUUAUUCAUGGUUCAAAUUCUACAACUGUUGACGAAGUUUUAUAUGCUGCUGCAUGGAUUUGUGGUGAGUUUUGUUCUUAUUUAAAAGAACCACAAAAAAUUCUUGAAUCAAUCCUUAAUACAAAAAUAACUCUAUUCCCUGGGCAUAUCCAAUCUGUUUACUAUCAAAAUAUUUUAAAAAUUAUUAUAUAUUUAAUUCAAUCAUCGAAUAAUGAUGAAACAUUAAUUCAACAACUUCUUUCAUUAACGGUUGAUAGAAUGUCUUUAUUUUUAUCAAGUGGCGAUGUCGAAGCACAAGAACGAGCAAGUGUUAUUUUAUAUAUUCUUAAAACAACAUUAAAAUUAAUUGAAAAAUCUGAAUUUAAUGUUAAUGAAUUAUCAGUAUUAUUUGAUUGUGUUCUUAAUCCAGUUGCUGCUAAAGCUCAAAGAAAAGUUGUUGUACCAAAUGGUUUGGAUUUGAAUGCUUGGAUAAAUGAUCCUCCAUCGGAUAGUGAAGAUGAAUUAAUAACAACAAGUUCACAUUAUGAUAAUAAAGAUUUAUUUUAUGGUGAUAAUGGAGAAAAUUAUAAUCCUAAUUUAUAUUCCGGUGUUACAUUAAGUUAUCAAAAAUCAAAAAAAUAUGUUGAACCAACUGCUGAAGAAUUAGAAAAACAACGAGAAUCAAGAAAACAAAGUGAACAAAUGAAUCCAUUCUAUUUGAAAGAUUCGAAAAAACCAAAAGUGACACAAACGACUGAAACAACUUUGGAUACUAUAAAUGGUAAUGAUCGUAUUGAAUCAACAUUAUCACAAGGAACAAAUGUUACUAGGUCACAAAAAAAAUCAAAAACUGAUGGUGAAUCAUCAAAAAAAGGAAAGAAAUCAUUGAAAAAAUCUAAUAUAACAGUAAUCGAUGAUAAUGAUGAUGAUAUUUAUCGAAUUGCUAAAGUAACACGUGGUGGUGAAUUACCAGAAGGUGCUGCAGAAAGUGGAAAUGAAGACAAUGAUCAUGAUGUAAUUGUUGGAAAAAAUAAAAAAUAUAAUCCACAUCGAGCACUUAAUAUUGACUUAAUUCCUAAACAAGUUGAAACACCUCCCAUAUUAACUGGAAAGCCAAAAAAAUCUAAGAAAAAGAAAAUAAUUGGAAAACAAGAACAAUCAUCAACAUUGAAAUCAAAACACAAACGAGAACGUAGUGAUUAUAAAGAAUUAUUAUCACCAGCUGAUGAGGAAGAAAAUUGUCCGACUUCAACACCUCCUCUUCCUGCUAUUGCAAAAAAGCCAAAGAAAAAAAAAUCAUCAUCAGAAACAAUAACAACAUUGCUCAAUCUGACAAUUGAAUAUUCAAUUAAUCCAGAUCCAUCAAUAGCUCAACUUGAUGUAACAUUUCUUUUAAAAAAUUGA